AUGACGCACAAUCCGCCGGCGCCCGAGGUGUUGGAUCUUUGCGACGAGCUGGGCAUGCUGGUUAUUGAUGAGCUUUUCGACAUUUGGAAGCAUCAGAAAUAUGACAAGGUUUGGGGCUACCAUCGCUAUUGGGAUGAAUGGGCUCCCGGAAGCCGAAGUGAAGGUGAUGAUGGAGCAGCUCGCGCGAACAGGCAACAAAGCGCCGAGCGCAGCUCUUAUUUCGGGCUCAUCGACCUUGCGGGUUUUCCCAAAGAUGCCUAUUACCUUUAUCAGAGCCAUUGGGCGCCGGAAACGAAGAUGGCGCACAUCUUGCCGCAUUGGAACUGGAAGGGACGUGAAGGCGAGGUGACCUCCUGUCAUGGUCGGGAGAAGAACGAUUUCCGAUUUGUCUGGGAGGAUGUGAAAUACGCGCCCGGCACCCUUGAAGUGAAGGUUACGAAGAACGGCAAGGCCUGGGCUACGGCGAAGCGCGUGACGACAGGAGAGACGGUCGCCAUUGCCGCGACGAGCGUUGAUCGUAAAACCUUGAAGGGCAAUGGCACGCUCACUGGCUUUUAUGAGCUGGCGACGGUGGAUAAGGCUGGCACUGUUGUUCCGACCGAUUGCCGUGAAGUCGAGUUUUCUGUGACCGGCGCCGCCAGGCUCGUGGGCUUUUGCAAUGGUAAUCCAAUUGACUGGACGAGCUUGCAGGAUCCCAAGCAGAGGUUCUUCAUUGGUCGCAUCCUGGCGGUUCUCCGCGGCGAAAAGGAUCAGGAAGGUCCGGCAACGGUGACUGUUUCGGCGCAAGGCCUCAAGCCUCUCAAACUCGAUUUUGAGAAAGCAGUGGUAUCAACGCAGAGUACUGUGGAAAAGGUGAAAACAGAUGCGGCAGGUCUUGAGGCCGCGGUGAAGGUGUUGCUGUCGGGUGGUGUAGUUGUCAUCCCGACGGAUACCGUUUAUGGUCUUGCCGCACACCCUGAUUUUCCUGAAGCGGUUGAACGGCUUUAUACCAUCAAGCAGCGGGAUGCGAAAAAGCCGAUUGCGCUCUUGAGCGACGCGCCGGAGGUGUCUUAUGCGGAUGAUCCGGAGCGGACGGUGCGCGAGAAUGCCCUUGCGAAAGGAGCGGCGGUGAAGGGCGCGCACGUCCUUUCGGCCGAUACGAUCGUCUGGUUUGACAACCGUAUCUACGGCAAACCCAGGGAUCUCGCCGAGGCGAAGGCGUUUCUGCGCGAGUUGAGCGGCAGAACGCACAUUGUCUUCACGGGCGUUGCCUAUAAUGGAGAGGUGAAGGUAGUCCGCUCGGCGGUCACCUUCCAGCAGCUUACCGAUGCGGUGAUCGACGAGUAUGUCGCGCGGGUAAGGCCGACGGACCGUGCGGGCGCCUACGAUAUUGACGAGUCCGGCAAUUUGAUUGUCGCCGGUUACACGGGUAGCUACGAGAAUAUCAUGGGACUUCCCGUUGAGCCGCUGAAGGAGUGGGGAAUCGCAACAGUGCCGAAGUCGUGA